GAAGAGAUACGCAGAUUCGCCGAUGUUAUUAUUUUUAGUUGCUGAUCUCAGUAGGCUAGGAAUGCGAGUAGCAGACGUCACGUACGGAAUCGAAGAUGCUGACACCAGUCCAGCAACGAUGACGAAAAUGAAGAGAGAAGAUGAAAUUGGCAAUGACGAAAAUCUGCAGCUAUUCGAAAUUAAUCUUGACAAAAUGGCCACCGGACAGCGGACAUUUGUGUUUCGAAUUUGCAUCGGAGGAAGCGUUUCCGGCUAUUCUUAUCGUCUGUCUGAUCGUCUCGGCAAAGAUCAAAUAUGGGCUGCCAAGGACAAUCCAAAUUUCGCGGACGUUGAAUUCAUCGUGAAAGGCAAGAAAUUAUUGGCGAACAAAGCCAUUCUGGCAGCGCGCAGUCCCGUGUUUGCAGCUGAAUUCACGAAAGAACAACCGGUGAGAGAAGGUCGUCAUCAGAUCCGAAUUGUUGGAGUGGAACCUUCAACUGUGGAGAAUUUCUUGCACUUCAUCUACACGGGUGAACCAAUGUCAUCACUUGCAGACCAACAACUGCUCAUGUUGGCUGAAAAGUACAGACUAACAACUCUGACCAGUUUAUGCCAAGUUGCACUUGAGAAAAUUGAGACAAAACGAAUGGUGGACUUCAUGAAGUGUUUAAUAAAUAGGGAAGCGGAAAUACCUUCUUCCCAAGUCACGCCAGAAAAAGACACGGAAAUUUUUGUUGAUUUAACGACGACCACUUUUAGAUGCUCUUUGCGGUUUGCUGGAAAUGAACAUGGACAAUCAAAAUGUAUGAUGAAAUAUCAAAAGGAAGACAUGUUUUUCGCUUACAUCACUGGACAUUUCGGUGAAGUCCGUAUUAGUAAACCUUUUAUACAUUUCACAUGCGCCAAGCAUCAAACAUUAUGCGGAUUGCAAGUUGAGGAUAUUUAUUGCAAUUGGCCAUUUACUUCGUACAACCAAUGGUUGAAAAUGGAAUCGAAAAAAUUGCAAAACAACGCAAAAUUACUUCAACGUUUCACCGUUAAAUUGGAAGAGGAUAUUAUUGGAUAUCGCGAUAUCAUCCAUCAAUUUAACUUCGACAUCAAAACGGUCUGCACGAUCAGCAACUAUAACUACGAGAUGAUGGACGAUGGAUGGUUGAAGGAUUUAUGGGUCGCCGCAACAAACCAAAAGUGGACGGAUGUCGACAUAUUUGUCGGAACUUUCAAAUUAAUGGAAGCCCAUAGAGUAAUCCUAUCCGCUCGGAGUCCUGUUUUGAAUAUCUUGUUAAACAAGAUCAGCAACACGGGGAAAUCUAUCGUCACAUUUGGAGCGGAAUUCGAUGUCGAUACUGUGAGACAUUUCUUGCGGUUCCUCUACACAGGUGACAAUGGUUCGUUGGAGGAAUUCGACGUCAAUAUUGUGAUACUUUUCUUUAAAUUCCUCACUGGUUCCUUGGACACUUUUGCCAGUAAAAGUAAAGACACCGAUUACAAGCAGCUUCUGGAGUUGGCCACAAUGUACGAAGUCGAAACGUUGAAGAAUUGUUGUCAAGUGGCCAUCACUGUCCCACCGGAUGUCGAAGAUCUGUUUAGCUCUCUGCUGGAACUGAAAAUAAAUAGCAUUACAUCCCACAAGGUUAAGAAGGGGAGAUGAACGCUGUGCCAACGUCGAGGCUUCCAGAAAAUGAUGUUACCGCUGGAAUAGCUGAAGGAAAAAUAAUUGAGACGAUUUCUGUUUUC